AUGGCGCUAACCUGCUCCGCUAGUUUGGAGGAUUAUGAAGAAACAGUAAAGAAGGCUAAAGAGGCAUGGAAGGUCUGGGCUGAUAUCCCUGCACCUAAGCGUGGAGAAAUAGUACGACAGAUCGGUGAUGCCCUGAGACAAAAAAUCAAAGUUCUAGGAAGCUUGGUCUCUUUGGAAAUGGGAAAGAUUUUUGUUGAGGGUGUUGGGGAAGUGCAGGAGUAUGUUGAUGUCUGUGACUAUGCUGUUGGUUUGUCCCGAAUGAUUGGUGGACCUAUUUUGCCUUCAGAAAGACCCGGCCAUGCCCUUAUAGAGCAAUGGAAUCCCGUUGGGUUAGUAGGAAUCAUCACGGCCUUUAACUUCCCCGUAGCAGUUUAUGGGUGGAACAGCGCAAUUGCAAUGAUCUGUGGCAACGCUUGCCUCUGGAAGGGUGCUCCUACAACAUCCCUCAUUAGUGUUGCUGUUACAAAGAUAAUUGCCAAAGUCUUGGAGGAUAACAAAGUGCCUGGAGCAAUCUGUUCUCUGGUUUGUGGUGGAGCAGACAUUGGGACAGCAAUGGCAAGAGAUGAGAGAAUGGACCUGUUGUCCUUCACUGGCAGCACGAAAGUGGGCAAGCAGGUAGCGCUUAUGGUUCAGGAGAGAUUUGGUCGAAGUCUGCUGGAACUGGGAGGAAACAAUGCCAUUAUUGUAUUUGAAGAUGCAGAUCUGAACCUAGUCAUCCCAUCUGCUCUAUUUGCUGCUGUGGGAACAGCAGGUCAGAGAUGCACGACUGCCAGAAGGCUGUUCCUCCAUGAAAGCAUCCAUGAUGAGGUGGUGGCAAAGCUUGCUAAGGCCUAUGCCCAGGUCCGCAUCGGUGAUCCAUGGGAUUCUGACACUCUGUAUGGACCUCUUCAUACCAAAGAAGCAGUGAAAAUGUUCCUUGAUGCAGUAGAACAAGCGAAAAAACAGGGUGGCUCUGUGGUCUAUGGUGGAAAGGUUAUAAAUCGCCCUGGAAAUUAUGUUGAACCAACCAUUGUGACUGGCCUUCCUCAUGAUGCACCAAUUGUCCACACUGAGACAUUUGCCCCCAUACUGUAUGUGCUGAAAUUUAAGGAGGAAGAGGAGGUUUUUGCCUGGAAUAAUGAGGUAAAACAAGGUCUUUCCAGCAGCAUCUUUACCAAGGAUUUGGGAAGGAUUUUCCGCUGGCUUGGGCCAAAGGGAUCUGACUGCGGCAUUGUGAAUGUCAACAUCCCAACCAGUGGGGCUGAGAUUGGAGGUGCUUUUGGUGGUGAAAAGCACACUGGUGGGGGAAGAGAAUCUGGAAGUGAUUCAUGGAAACUUUAUAUGAGACGGUCUACUUGUACAAUCAAUUACAGCAAGGAUUUACCUUUGGCUCAAGGAAUCAAGUUUCAGUAACAGCCUUAUGAACAGCCGUGCCAUGAACUCUGCUAGCAUUUCAGAACCAAGCACCUUCUGAGCCUCGUGGUGAAGAAAACUAAUUAUCUGAAACUUAUCUGCAGCAAGGAUACUAAUUCUGUCAAAAAAAUCAGCUACUCUAACAUUGCUUCACUUUCAAUGUAUGAAAUUACUACUUCAGUCGUCAGAUGAGAAGUAUGUGGUAUUUGGGAGGAAGGGAGGAUGACUGAAACUAACAAACUCGGGUUCAGGCAGCCUGGAUA